GAGGAGCCUCGUCCUGAGGGGAGCGAGAGGCGGCGAGGAGAAGAGCCUCCAGCGGCGCCGGGGGCCGGGCUGGGCCUCGCGCUUGCCCCGCUCCGGAGGAAGGACCGGCCGAGGAGGAGGAGGAGGAGGAAGUAAGAUGAUUGAGGAGAGUGGAAAGAGGAGGAGGACGAUGGCUGAGAAGAGGCAGCUGUUUAUGGAAAUGAGGGCUCAGAAUUUUGACGUCAUCCGACUCUCAACAUAUCGGACUGCCUGCAAACUGAGAUUUGUACAAAAAAGAUGUAACCUUCACCUUGUGGAUAUCUGGAACAUGAUUGAAGCCUUCCGAGAUAAUGGCCUUAACACAUUGGAUCACAACACAGAGAUCAGUGUGUCUCGACUAGAAACCAUCAUUUCAUCCCUCUACUACCAGCUAAAUAAACGCCUUCCUUCCACUCACCAGAUCAGCGUGGAGCAAUCCAUCAGCCUUCUCCUCAACUUCAUGAUUGCAGCAUACGACAGUGAGGGUCAUGGAAAGUUGACAGUGUUCUCCAUAAAAGCAAUGUUGGCAACUAUGUGUGGAGGGAAAAUUCUGGACAAGCUAAGAUAUAUUUUCUCUCAAAUGUCAGAUUCCAAUGGAUUGAUGGUAUUUUCUAAGUUUGACCAGUUUCUGAGAGAAGUCCUGAAACUUCCCACGGCUGUAUUUGAAGGACCUUCCUUUGGAUAUACAGAAAACUCGGUGCGAACCUGUUUCCCUCAGCAGAGGAAGGUGACGCUAAACAUGUUUUUAGACACGUUAAUGGCUGAUCCGCCGCCCCAGUGCUUGUGGGCACCUCUCAUGCACAGACUUGCCCUGUAGAAAAUGGUGAUCUCUCCAUCCCCGUCGGAAUGUUCUUACUGCCGGUGUGAGAGCAUGAUGGGCUUCCGGUACCGGUGCCAGCGAGCCCACAACUACCAGCUCUGCCAGAACUGUUUCUGGAGAGGGCACGCCAACGGCCCUCACAGCAACCAGCACCAGAUGAGACAUUCUUCUUGUCCUGCCAGGCCCAGUGGCUACUCCUGCUGCCUUCCUCACACAUGGGAUGGAGAAGCCUUCAUUGCCUCCUCUUCCUCCAUCAUCCGUCCUGAGACCAGGUUGCAAGACAUGAGAAAAUCGCCUGCCAAGAAGCUGAGCCAUGCCAUUAGUAAGUCUCUGGGUUGUGUGCCCACGAGAGAACCGCCUCACCCCGUCUACCCGGAAGAACCCGAGAAGCCCCUUGACCUGGCCCACAUCGUCCCUUCCCGGCCACUCACCAACAUGAAUGAUGCCAUGGUGACCCACAUGUCCUCCGGGGCCCCCACGCCAACUAAAAGGUUGCAGUACAGUCCGGCCCGCUCCGACCGGCUCAGCGACGAGCAUGCGCUGAUAGCCGCCUAUGUCAGCCGCCUCCAGAGUGGUCCACGCAGCGUCCUAGACAGCCCCAGCCGACUGGAUGAGGAGCACCGGCUCAUUGCGCGGUACGCUGCCCGUUUGGCGGCAGAAGCUGGAAAUACGCCACGGCCGCCAGCAGACCUAGGGUUCAACUUUGAUGCCAACAAGCAACAAAGGCAGCUGAUAGCAGAGCUAGAAAACAAGAACAGAGAGAUCCUGCAAGAGAUCCAGCGCCUACGACUGGAGCAUGAACAGGCCUCCCAGCCCACGCCAGAGAAAGCCCAGCAGAACCCCACACUCCUGGCGGAGCUCCGGCUCUUGCGGCAACGGAAGGAUGAGCUGGAGCAGCGAAUGUCAGCUCUUCAGGAAAGCCGCCGAGAGCUGAUGGUGCAGCUGGAAGGGCUCAUGAAGCUGCUCAAGGAAGAGGAACAAAAGCAGGCAGCUCAGGCUGCGGGUUCUCCGCACACUUCCCCGACCCACGGGACCGGACGCUCGAUGCCCAUGCCCGUCAGGUCCACCUCCGCAGGCUCCACCCCAACGCAUGGGCCCCAGGACUCCCUGGCCGGCGUCGGUGGAGAUGUUCAGGAAGCUUUUGCACAAGGAACUCGGCGGAACCUCCGAAACGAUUUGCUGGUAGCGGCCGAUUCCAUCACCAACACCAUGUCAUCUUUGGUGAAGGAGCUUCAUUCAGGCGGAGAGGAAGGAGGCGAGGAAGAGGAGGACAAGAUGCAGAAUGGGAAGGACCGAGGUUAAGUGGAAGGACAUGGACUGGCCAGCGAUUCAAGUCAAGAGAGGUGACCUCCUGUUCUACAGCCGCCUUCGCAGCCUUCCAACGAGGCAUGUGCCAGCUGACCCAUCCCACCAUCGUGAAGCCGUGACGAUCACAACUGCAGCAGCGAAGCAGCCGGCCUCCUUCCAGUGGACAGAGCCACUUUCCUGGGGGCGGGUGGGGGGGCAUCUCCUUAGGUUUGCAUGUCCUGUUUCCAUGGGUGUCCCAGUGCUAGUAAUUGGACAGAGACUCAUCUCCGUUUCAGCAAGGAAACCUUUCCGAGAGGAGCUUCCAAAGAGCCAGGCCACCCUCCUGUGAAUACCACCCUCCCUGCCCAACCCACACAUCACCAUCUUCACCUGGCAGCUCCACCCGUGACCUCCCAUGCCUCACUUGCACGCCAGAGACAUUUCCUUGUGCCCAUGGCAUGCGAUGGAAGACCGGUCGGGGACUCCUCGUGCAAUGGUGGUGACUGCUUCUCUCGUGCAGGUGAAUGUUGGGCGCCUGCUCAUCUGUUGCUGCUGUGCGUGCAUGCAUGUGGAUGUGAAUGUGUGUGGAUGUGGGACAUAGCGCAGGUACGGAGUGGGUGUGGCAAGGAAAGUGGGUCCACCCUGUGUCAGCCGGAGCAGAUGCCACAAAGUGUGGCCCGUGGACAGAGGAGAUCCACAAGAACUUCCACUGUGCAAAUCCCAUUUUGUGAUGCUUGGAGCAGCAUUAGAAUAAUACCAUGCCCUUGCCCAGCUCUGGUUCCUUUGAAUGGGGAUUAUGCAGGACAACACCUGGUGGAUUGUGCCUCGUGUUUGUUUAACAAGAUGGGCUACCAUUUGGAUUCUCCAUGAUGGGCACCCCACGCCACACAUCUCAUCCUGGCAUCAGGACCCAGGAGGAGCCCUGUGGAGAUUCCUCAGAGUACAGGAUUUAGUGUUGCAGCUGUUAUGUCUUGGGUUUCUAAGCUUUGAGGCAUCUUUGAGCCUGGCAUCCCCAGGUGGCUCUCAUCUGCCACCUUUGGUUACUCAAAAGGGGAGCCUCGCUACCUAUGCCCCUUUCCUCCAAGUUUAUGGGCAGGCUGCUCCAAGUGGAUAGGUGAAGGGCAUCGAUUUCCCCGUCGGGAGAGUAUGAGGUCAGUGAUAAACCUGCUGAGUGAAUGGGAGGGUUGUGCCAAGGAGGGAGCGGUCAUCUCCCUGUGUUCCCCUUCGACAGUAGAGGCAAAGUGGGUGAACAUCAGGACUGGAGAUUGGGUCCAAACUAAAUAUUGUGAAUGAGCCAGCAGUCAGGCAAAGGAAUAAGGAUUUAACUUUUUCAGGAGCACCAGUUAGCAGGCAGACUCUUGAGUCCUUUGGUGAACUGGGAGGACCUUCUGUGUGUUGGUUUGGUGUGGUGGGCUGCAUCUGGGAAGGCAGGAGGUGUAGUUUCCAUUCUGUGGAGGUGAGAGAGCUCUAUGAAGCUUCAGCAUUCAACUGCGUAAUUGUUUGUGAAGCCCUGAACCUCAGGACUACCAAGUUGAGGCUUGAUUUGCCAACAGACCCCUGUGCCCCCCACCCAACCACCUUCUAGGGGGAGUUUCUGCUCCUGUCUCUUAUCUUCUUCUUUGCUCAGGGAGAGCCUGAACAUAAGGCAUGGCCACUGUCUGAAGAGAUGGGCACCUUCACGCUGCAAACCAGUUCCUGGGUGAAACAGCACUGGCAGUGGCAAACGCAGAAAAAUCUGCACAUGGAGACAGGAUUGUUUUCCCAUUUUUUGAAGGACUGGUAAGCACAGGGCCUUGGCAAACCAACAACCAUCCCAGUUCUUGAAUGAUAAGAGAAAAAGAAGAGAUGGGCCCUUCUCGAAGUUCUCAAAGCUUACCUCCUGGCUCCCACCACAACCACCUCCAUUUUAGCCAAAUUGUGUGUUUGUGUGUGUGUGUGUGUGUGUGUGUCCCUUCCCUCCCCACUUUGCUUUCAGAAACAGUCCCUAAGGGUCUGGCCCAGAAGGAAAAGAGGCCAGGAGCCCCUCACCCACCAGCUGGAUGGGUCUGGGGAAGUGGCCAGGGUCUUGGAUCCAUUGCAUGGGCUGGAAGGGACUCCAAAGUCAAUUGGGUCCCCCUCUUGGAUAGACACGGGAUACAGGUGUCUAUCCAAGAGGCAUGGGGAAACCUCCCAAAGUGAAGCCCACCACCUUCCAGGGUGGUCUGCUUUGUUCCUUGUGGCCUGGGCAUCGGGAGGUCCUGUUCCCACAAUGCCAACAGCUGUUAUCCUUCACCAACUGGUCUUCUUCUUCAAGCCACUUGCAUUAGGACCAGUGCAACCCAAGGAUAAGGAUUUUUAUCAUGUUUAUUUUGGCAUACUAGCCAGCGUUACAGAUGCAGCCAGAUGUUGGCCCACUUGUAAGACCAGUCACAGGCUAAAGACAUCAUGCCAUGCCUGGUCCCCCUCCUCAACCUGGGAGCAGGAGGACAACAACAAUGGUGACAACGACAACCUUAGAAGACCAUUUUUUUCUCCGUUGUAGCAUGUCUGGCCUUGGCAGUCUUUUCCGUCCUGCUGCUUCUUGCAGUCAGCAUCCAGCCUCCCUGAACUCCAUGUUCUCCAGAUGGCAGGGAGUGUAACUCCCAGAAUCCCUAGGCAUACUAGCUGGAGGUGAUGGACAUUCUAGUCCAAGGCAUCUGGAGAGUACCAAGGAAUCAGGAGACAGUUGAUUUGGACCAUCCAUCCUCCUUCCUGACUUCCAUCUGCCCAAGGAAAGGAAGCAAAACAGAUCUCUUUCUGUUUCCUAGCUUCUCCUUUUGUUUUCCUGAAAACCUGAGGAGGGCUGCAGAGAAGCUUCAGGGGCCAGAAAACCCAGAAGGAAAGUGUAAUCACAGAAUUGUGGAGUUGGAAGGGCUCCCAAAGACCCUCUAGACCACCCCUCUGCCAGUGGAGGAAAUCCACAGCCGCAGCACCCUGCAGAGAUGGCCUCUUGUUUAAGACCUCCAAGAACAGUUUUAAGGCCUCCAAGGACCUGCUGAAAGAGUCCAUUCCACUGUCAAACAGCUUUGACAAAUUUUUCCUAAUAUUUAGUUGAAACUUCUUUCCUCAUCGUUGGAAUUGGCUGCUUUGGGGCCUGCCUCUGGAGAUGCUCCAUCCUUCACCUGAGAGCCCUUCUGAUGUUGGGUGUCCAAGGAAAACUAGCAACUGCAAUUUGGAGCGAGAGCAAAUUGGCAUCUUCAGUAACCUGGGAAGAGGUGUCUUUGGAGAAUCUGGCGUGGGUGUUAUUGCUGCAUUCCCUCCUUCAUCACAGAAACUGGGAGGCACACACUGGGCAAGUUGGCCUCAGUGGACAAUUGGGAUGGACCCAAUUGAUUGAGAAAGAGUGGCAGAAAGAACUCCUGCUAAAGGUUCCAAGCUCCUGGUUGCCACCUGCCUGUGGUGGCCUGGGGCCAUGGCCCUGGGGGCACUCACUGUCCUGCAGCCAGCCUUGUUGACCAUUCCUAUUGCUGUCUUGCAGAGGUGAAAUCCUUAAGUGGGCACACGAAGUGCCAAGGCUCCAGCUUCCUGCAAAAGGUGGCUCUGGUUGUCUGCUCUUUGUUCAAGCCCUGACAAGACAGACGACGGAGGUUUGCAGCUUGGAUUUGUGCUGUGUGACCCCCAGGGCCACGUUCCUGGAUCGCGUCACCCACAGCCCCAUAUAUUUUCGCCUACAAAGUGAUUCAGCAGAUGCUUCACAUUACCAGCGCCAAGAGGGGCUGGGGGCUUGGCCCUGAGCCAGGCUCCAAGCCUUCCUGAGUGGGCGAGAGAUCCGAGGGGCAGCUGGGGGCUUAUCCCAUCCUGUGGGCCUCCUGGAGGGGCUGAGGAAUGGUUCCCUUCUCUUCCUUCAGGAGACAGGUGUGCCACCAAACCGUUGGCCAACUACUCCAAGGUCAGGGUUGGCCAUUUAAGUUGCAGAGGCCUUUACUCAGAGGGUGGUUGAUUGCAUGAGAUGCAGUGGUGCUCCCUUGAUGCACACUGAGGAGAAUGGAUUCCUAAAAUUGGAAGGGAACCUAAGGGCCAUCUAGACUAACCCCUGCUAUGUAAGAGUUGCCAGCUAAAGCAUUCCUGAAAGAUACCCAUCUAACUUCUGGUUAAAGACCUCUAAAGAUGGGAAAUCCACCUGCCACUGUGGAAGAUCUCACUGUCCAGAACUUCCUAAUGUUUAGGUGGAAUCUGUUUUCUUCUCAUUUGAAGCCAUUGGUUCCUGUUCUAGUUGCUGGACUGACACAAAACAAGCUUGCCCCCUUUUCUGUGUGUCACCCUUUCAGAUAUCCAACAAUGGCUACCAUGUCACCCCUCGGUCUUCAAGCUAAGCAUCUCCAGCUCCCUCAGCCCUUCCUCAUAAGUCUUUAUUUCCAGACCUUUGACCAUCUCAGUUGCCCUCCUCUGGACAUGCUCUGGCCUUUCAACAUCCCUCUUGAACUGUGGUACUGAGAACUGGACACAAGAUUCCUCCAGGUGAAGUCUGAAUGAAGUGGCAUGGUUACCUCUCUUGGUCUGCAUAUUAUAGUUCUGUGGAGGCAGCCUUCCUUGAACUUCCACCAGCCUGCCCAAGCCUUUCAUCUCCCAAAAGCUGGGGGGCACAGCUUUUGCCUCUCCUGGGACAAGCCACAAAGGCAGGGACCAGCACCCCCCAAGUACAAGUAGAGCUCACUUUGUAGGCUUCCACAUGGACCCAAACAUCCUAUCUGCAUCACAGAAUCAUAGAAUCCUACAAUAGAGUAGGUCAUUGGUAUCUGCUGGGGUUUGGUACCAGAAUCAUAGAAUCCUAGAGUUGGAAGAGACCGCAAGGGCCCUGUUCCAGUCCAACCCCAU